GCCUCAACUAGCCACCUGGGAAACUCUCCCUCGUAGAACACCAGAAUUGACACCUUUUUUGGGCCCCAUAUUGUCUUUGACAAGCUGAGUCGCCUUUGAUCUAGUAUCCCUCAGAGGUCCUGAUCGAGGGUUCGUCACAUUAUGUGAUGGGCGGUUUCCAUGGCUCAGCCGCGCUCCGCCCUCAGUCGCCCGUAGCGCCCGUAAUGCCUCUUCCCACGUGAUCUCUCCAGCCAGCUUACGCGCCAGGUUCGUGCAGUUAUCGUUCUUACUAGCAUUAUGUUCGUUUCCAAAAGCAUUACUUCGUCUCUGCAGUGAUCUUCAUCCAGCGGCCAGCGCGUCUCAGUUAUAAAAUUAUUUCACAUCACGUCCGAGAGAAUUCCGUCAACUAACGCAAUGGCGCGGGCGGGGCAACAUGUGGAGCAGUGUUUUGGGAAUGCGGAAGCUUCCCACGGCGGCUUGCUGUUCCAGGGUCACGUUAACGGAUCUUUCCACAUCCAUCACGAAACACAGGCGAAACAGCACGCUGCGCAGCGGAUUAUCCCGUUCCCGCGCAAUGAGGACGUAGUGGACCGCUACAUCCUCGCCGAGCUCGACCAGCUUCUACCCCCCUCGCCCGACUACCAGAGCGCGGCGCUCUGGGGUCUCGGCGGCUCCGGCAAAACGCAGAUUGCGCUCGAGUAUGCCUACCGCCGGAGCCGUGACCCCGCCUGCUCUGUGUUCUGGGUCCACGCCGACAACGAGACGACAUUUACGCAGGACUACAAGGUAAUUGCAAAGAGGCUGGGCCUGGCGGAUGGUCUGAAUGGUCCAGAGCUGUUAAUGGCCGUGCGUGAGCGGAUCGAGGCGAGCCCGUGCUGGCUGCUUAUUCUCGAUAACGCCGACAACCUCGCUGUGUUUGGGGUGGGCCGGACACAAUCAAGCAGAGACCAAGUUCAGGACACAGAAGAGAAGCAAAGUCUGUAUGAUUUCGUGCCCCGGGGCCCCGCAGGGACGGUGCUGUGGACAAGUCGUGAUAAGCGGAUCAGCGGCAGCCUUGUGGGCGGCCGACGAGCGAUCAAUGUCGCUAGCAUGACGGAGGGAGAGGCGAAGAUAUUGCUCGAAACGGUCAUGUGUAGAGAGAUUGCCGAGGAGGAGUCCCACAACGCUAUGGCGCUACUUGCCGAGCUCGACUUGCUCCCGCUCGCGGUAUCACAGGCGGCAGCAUAUAUGGGAAGGACGGCCACCCCAAUCGGCGAGUAUUUAUCAAAGCUAAAGAGACGUAUAAAGAGAUGGCAACUGCUCAGCGAGACGGAGUUCGACCGACACCGCAGAGCGGAUGUGUCGAACAGCGUCAUGCAGACGUGGGGUAUCUCAAUCGAGCACAUCCGACAGGAGAACCAGAUGGCCUACAAUAUCCUCCACUCGCUUGCAUUUUUAGAUAACCAAAACAUCCCGUUGGAGUUGGUGGCGAAGGCAGCCGAGAUAAUAGCAAGACCGACCAGAUAUGAAAAAACCGCAAGCGCGAAGUCCGUAUGCAUCAAGGACCAGAACGAGCACCAAGACGAGCACCAGGACGAUGAUAACAAAGUCCUAGCAGCAAUAGUUCUUCUACAACACUUUUCGUUCCUACAUCCGCGCACGUCCGGCGAACGGUACGGGGCCUACGAGAUGCACAAACUCGUACAGGAGGCUACACAGUAUAGCUUAAGCCAAGAGGAUCGGCGGACGGACCAAUGGCAUUUUUCGGAGGUAGCUCUUCGUGCUGCCACAUCUCUAUUUCCGGAGAGGCGACGAGAAUUAUGGGGAGAGUGCGAGAGAUAUCUCAGACAUGCACAGCUUGCGGCCGGAUGGGCCGGGUUGUGUAGGGGUGGGGUAGAGGCAGCGGCGCUGUUGACUCGAGUAUCGGACUAUCUGUAUGACCGUGGGAGGUGGGGAGAGCGGGAGCCUGUGGACCUAAGAGCCUAUGAGUAUCGGAGGGAACUUCUCGGCGACAAGCAUCCUGACACGAUUAGGAGUAUGGCGGAGCUAGCCACCACAUACCAUGCUCAGGGGAGGUAUAAGGAAGCGGAGAAGAUAUCAGUGGAAGUGCUGGCACUACGGCGCGACGUUCUCGGCGACAAGCAUCCUGACACGAUCUGGAGCAUGGCGGAGCUAGCCACCACAUACCAUGCUCAGGGGAGGUAUAAGGAGGCGGAGAAGAUAUCAGUGGAAGUGCUGGCACUACGGCGCGACGGGAGGUAUAAGGAGGCGGAGAAGAAUUACAUGGAAGUGCUGGCACUACGGCGUGACGUUCUCGGCGACAAGCAUCCUGACACGAUCUGGAGCAUGGCGUCGCUAGCCACCACAUACCAUGCUCAGGGGAGGUAUGAGGAAGCGGAGAAAAUUAAAGUGGAAGUGCUGGUACUACAGCGUGACGUUCUCGGCGACAAGCAUCCUGACACGAUUAGGAGUAUGGCGUCGCUAGCCACCACAUACCAUGCUCAGGGGAGGUAUGAGGAAGCGGAGAAGAUAUCAGUGGAAGUGCUGGUACUACAGCGUGACGUUCUCGGCGACAAGCAUCCUGACACGAUUAGGAGUAUGGCGGAGCUAGCCACCACAUACCAUGCUCAGGGGAGGUAUGAGGAAGCGGAGAAAAUUAAAGUGGAAGUGCUGGUACUACAGCGUGACGUUCUCGGCGACAAGCAUCCUGACACGAUUAGGAGUAUGGCGUCGCUAGCCACCACAUACCAUGCUCAGGGGAGGUAUGAGGAAGCGGAGAAAAUUAAAGUGGAAGUGCUGGUACUACAGCGUGACGUUCUCGGCGACAAGCAUCCUGACACGAUUAGGAGUAUGGCGUCGCUAGCCACCACAUACCAUGCUCAGGGGAGGUAUGAGGAAGCGGAGAAGAUAUCAGUGGAAGUGCUGGUACUACAGCGUGACGUUCUCGGCGACAAGCAUCCUGACACGAUUAGGAGUAUGGCGGAGCUAGCCACCACAUACCAUGCUCAGGGGAGGUGCUGGCCCAAGCUCAUCCCUCUGCCCAAAGAUCUUUACGCGCCUUGAAUAUAUGGGGGCCGGACAAGAAGAAAAGCUCUCGUAUACGCCGAAUGUUUGGGCGUAUAGCUCAUCACGUCAGAGCUAUGACUCCACAGUAGUAUGCUGGCCGAAUUUAGGGGAGCUGGAGGGAUGUUGUCGGCGCCAAUUAACGGUCUC